AUGGAAGGAAAUAGUGAUAAAGACGACUCUGUUGAAUUAAAAAGGGAACAAGAAGAACAAGAUGAUCAAUCAGAAAACGAGCAAGGAAAUGAUAAUAAUAGUGUCAGCAGUAAUAGCAAAAAGAAAGCUUAUGAUAAAACAAUUGAAGAUAUUAAAAAAGAAAACAGCAAUUCAUAUAUAUCAAAAAUUAGUGAACCAUUAUUAAAAAAAAAAUAUUAUAAAUAUCUUUUAAAAAUUAUAGAUUAUACAUAUCAUGCGAAAAUUAAUGCAACACAUAUAAUAAAAACAAAUGAACAACUUGAUGAUAAAAAAAAAAAAAUAUUAAAAACCAAAUUUUUAAUAAUAGGAUUAAGCCAAGUAAUUAAAGCUAUAAGAAAAGGUAUCAAAGGGAUACUCAUCUUAGCUAUUGAUGUAUAUCCCAUUGAUAUUAUUUGCCAUAUGCCAAUAUUUUGUGAAGAAAAUAAUAUUCCAUAUACUUUUUUUACAACUAAAAAUAAGUUGGCUCAUUUAUGUAAAUUAAAAAGAUCUAUUACUUGUUUAUUUAUUUGCAAGCCUAGUAAUACUCUUACAGAAUUCGAAGAAACAUUAAAUAAGUAUAAUACCAAACACAAAAUUAGUAACUAUAAUAAAGCUUAUGAUAAAUUACAAACAGCUAUCAAAAAAAAUCAUCCCUUUUUCCAGUAA